GGGCAAAAACUCUAGGAAACGCGUGGCCCUCAGUUUUGGAAGUGUGGCCAUGGGGAAAAGGAAAGGUAGUAAAAGGUCGGAGAUCAUUAGUACUUUGACCAAGAAACAGAAAAAGCACCUGAGGGACUUUGGGGAGGAACAUCCCUUUCACGAUAAGGUGUCUGACAAAGUCGAGCCAACUCAGAUUGUUGAAUUGUCUGAUAGCUCAGAACAGUCUGAUUCAGAAAGUGAUGCAGAAUCUGGCCUGGAACAAGUGACUGCCUACCAAAACCUGUGUUCCACCUUAAAAAACACUGCUUCAGAUGAAAGUGACUGUGACAGUGAAAGUGAACUUGAAGGAAAGACAGAGGAUGAAGAUGAUGAGAGGGAAGACUUGGAAGAGGACAUAGAUGAAGAUGUUGCUAGUGGAGUUGAAGAUGGCCAAGGAGAGGGAGGCGCAUUGAGUGAUGCUGAAAAUAAAGACAGUACUGCAGAGAAAGAGCUUGAAAAUGAUGCAGUGAUACAGGAUAGAAAAAACACUGAUGACCUGGAAGCUGAUUUCACUGAUGUAAAGAAUGAAGCCAAAUUCUGUCUUGAAAGUAACUACAAUGGAGAUGAAAAUGAAGUUUCUUACACAAACAGUUCAGAAGAUCCCUUUAAGCAGCAUGUGGACACAGAACUAGACAGCAAUGAUAUGAAAACCAUAACCCAGAUUAGAAGUACAAUGCAGUGUAAGUGGACUACUCUUGGACGCCUUGUAUGGUCCAGCCCUCUGUUAAAGGAGACUUCAAUCAAAGAGUUAUCAUGUGAAUCUUUGGAAAAUCUUCAUCUCCAAAAACCUCUUGAAGCAACAUGGCCUAAAUUGAACAGUCAGACCCUUGCAAAAGCCAAUCAGCAAGAAUUCUUCACACCAUUACAGCAAGGACUAUUCUCCGUAAUGAAUGCUUACAAGGACUUGUAUUAUCCAGAAAGGACAGCUACUCAAAAUGGAGAAGAAGUUCGCCGCACCUAUUGUUUACACGUGAUAAAUCACGUAUUGAAAGCAAAUACACAGGUGCUAAGUAACAACACAAAGAAAAGAGACAGGAAAGCAGAUGUUGAUGAUGAUGAUUUGAGGGAUCAAGGACUUACAAGACCCAAGGUUCUUAUUGUGGUGCCAUUUAGAGAUUCUGCUUUAAGAGUGAUACAGACUUUGAUUAGUCUUCUUGAUGCAAAAGAUAAGCUGGAAAUAAGCAAUAAAAAGAGAUUUAAGGAUGAAUAUGGUUCUGAUUCAAAUGACAAACCACCAAAUCUAAAACGACCUGAAGAUUAUGAAGCUAUCUUUUCUGGCAAUAUUGAUGAUCAUUUCCGAAUAGGGGUGGCCAUCCUUCGUAGGAGUAUAAGAUUGUAUGCACCAUUUUAUUCUAGCGACAUCAUCAUUGCUUCUCCACUGGGCAUGCGAACAAUUGUCAAAACUGAAGACGAAAAGACGGGGGACUUUGAUUUCCUUUCCUCCAUUGAAAUCUUAAUUAUUGACCAAGCUGAUAUCUAUCUUAUGCAAAACUGGGAACAUGUUGUGCACCUAUUGAAAAAUCUCAACCAACAACCUCGUGAACCACAUGGAGUAGAUUUCUCUCGUGUGCGUAUGUGGAGUCUGAACAGUUGGUCCAAGUAUUACAGACAAACUUUGAUCUUCAGCGCACUUCAGAAUCCACAGAUUAAUUCUAUUUAUAGUAAACACUGCUUCAAUUAUAAAGGACAGGUGGCUGUGAGGAACAUGCCUCAGGCUGGUUCCAUUUGCCAUGUUGUUGUGCAGUUGCCACAUGUAUUCCAGCGAGUCGAUGUCUCCAGUUUCACAGGUUUACCUGAUGCAAGGUUUGAAUUUUUCACCAAGAAGAUUUUACCUCAAUAUAGAGAAGCUGUUAUGUCCCACACGUUAAUUUACAUACCAGUCUACUUUGAUUACGUGCGGCUCAGGAAUUACUUCAGUCGUGAAGAAUUGAGCUUUUCACAUAUUUGUGAAUACAGCAAAAAAUCCACUGUUAACCGAGGAAGACAUUAUUUCCUGCAGGGAGAAAAAUCUUUCCUCCUAUUCACGGAGCGGUUCCAUUUCUACAAACGGUACACCAUCAAAGGCAUCAGGCAUCUUAUUUUCUAUGAACUUCCUACAUAUCCACAUUUCUACAGUGAUAUAUGCAACAUGCUGAAAGCAGAAAAUAGGGGUGAUGAAGCAUCUUGGACUUGCACUGUUCUGUAUUCCAAGUAUGAUGCUCAAAAGCUGACUUGUGUGGUAGGAGCAGAACGGGCUGCCCAGAUGAUACAGUCCAAUAAACCUGUCCAUUUGUUUGUGACUGGAGAUGACAUGUAGGAUAAACUUGACUGAUAAAAAAUUUAACAGUUUUUCAUGGCUAGAGUCAGAGUAAUGUCAGAGAUUUAAUAUUAUAACAAAAUGAUUAGCCUGCCGUUCUAUUGCUGAUUAUUUAUAAUUUUUUUUUAUUUUAUCAGGAAUGCACAUAUGAGUAUUGUAUCUUCCAAUUUGUAAAUAAUAUUUUAAUGUAAAGUACAAAACAUUGUGAUUUUGCUAGAUUCCUAAGAUAAGGCAAGAAAAAACAAAUAAACAGA